CCCCCUGCGCCGCCUCCGCCUCAGCCUUUGCCGCCGCUACCAGGGAGGUAGCGGGUUGGGCCGCCGAGGCAAGAUGGUGGAUUACAGCGUGUGGGACCACAUCGAGGUGUCUGACGAUGAGGACGAGACGCACCCCAACAUCGACACGGCCAGCCUCUUCCGCUGGCGGCACCAGGCCCGCGUGGAGCGCAUGGAGCAGUUCCAGAAGGAGAAGGAGGAGCUGGACAGGGGCUGCCGCGAGUGCAAGCGCAAGGUGGCCGAGUGCCAGCGCAAGCUGAAGGAGCUGGAGGUGGCCGAGGGCGGCAAGGCGGAGCUGGAGCGGCUGCAGGCCGAGGCACAGCAGCUGCGCAAGGAGGAGCGGAGCUGGGAGCAGAAGCUGGAGGAGAUGCGCAAGAAGGAGAAGAGCAUGCCCUGGAACGUGGACACGCUCAGCAAGGACGGCUUCAGCAAGGCCCGUGCUUCUGCCACGUCGACGCUCUCGGUGCUGCCACCCAGCCGGCCUCCACUGUGGAUGGGAUGGGCGCGGCGGCCUCGGCCCCCUCGCGCCCCCAGGCGCCCUGUGGCCUUGCCCCAGCCCACUUCCCCUGUCGCCCUCUCGCAGAGCAUGGUCAAUACCAAGCCUGAGAAGGCGGAGGAGGAGUCGGAGGAGGUCAGGGAGCAGAAACACAAAACCUUCGUGGAGAAAUACGAGAAGCAGAUCAAGCACUUCGGGAUGCUCCGCCGCUGGGACGACAGCCAGAAGUACCUGUCGGAGAACGUGCACCUGGUGUGCGAGGAGACCGCCAACUACCUGGUGAUCUGGUGCAUCGACCUGGAGGUGGAGGAGAAGUGCGCGCUCAUGGAGCAGGUGGCUCACCAGACCAUCGUGAUGCAGUUCAUCCUGGAGCUGGCCAAGAGCCUCAAGGUGGACCCCCGCGCCUGUUUCCGGCAGUUCUUCACGAAGAUCAAGACGGCCGACCGCCAGUACAUGGAGGGCUUCAACGAUGAGCUGGAGGCCUUCAAGGAGCGUGUGCGUGGCCGCGCCAAGCUGCGCAUCGAGAAGGCCGUGAAGGAGUACGAGGAAGAGGAGCGCAAGAAGCGGCUCGGCCCUGGCGGCCUGGACCCCGUCGAGGUCUACGAGUCCCUGCCUGAGGAGCUGCAGAAGUGCUUCGACGUAAAGGACGUGCAGAUGCUGCAGGAUGCCGUCAGCAAGAUGGACCCCGCUGACGCGAAGUACCACAUGCAGCGGUGCAUCGACUCGGGGCUCUGGGUCCCCAACUCCAAGGCCAGUGAGCCCAAGCAGCGGGAGGCGGCGGGCCCAGGGGACCCGUUGCUGGAAGCUGUGCCCAAGCCGGGUGAUGAGGACGGCAGCGCCUGACCAGCCUGGCCUUUGCCCGCCGGCCUGCAGGCCUCUGUGCGUCCCUGCCCAGAAACACGAAACAGACGCCAUCUCCCUGCCCCGGCUUCCUCUACUUCGCUGCUGUCCCAGCCAGGCCCGCCCCUCCCUCCCCUCCUCUGGCCCCGCUCCCCAUGCUCCUCCCGUCCUCUCCACGUCUCCGUCUCCGCUUCAAGUUGAGUCCGAGUCGGGGGGGUUCACUGCCUGCAGCCCCCGUCAGCGUUAUGCCAAAGGGCCGGGGGGCCGGGG